GCACAAAUUUUAGAAAAAUUAAUGCGUCACGUGUACUUUAAACAGUAUUUCACGCGUGAUGAAUUUAAAAAGGGAAAACAUCAAAUCUCAUCUUACCUUGCUCUUCUGAAAAAUUAACACAUCAAGUAUUAAUCUCGCGUUACCUAUAAACCUUUGUCACCCGGCCUCUAAUUAUUCUAAUUUCUCCGCACCCCCCCCCCCCCCCCCCAGCCGAAAAGACUUGCCUCCCUCAUUUGGUGUCUCUUACACAAAUGAACUUGUCUUAUUUUAAGACCACUGGCCAAGAUACACACACUGUAAAAAUUCAACAUGGCAAAAUGGAAUAAUAACGUGAGGCAUAUUGAGCAGAGAUAACGCGUUUCUGGCGCUUGCUAAGACAGAGUGCUGAUUUAACAAUCUAGAUAAAGCUCGUCACUCGUUACUUAUAGGAAAAGAAUGGAGAACAUAGAUGUAUUUAUCAUGGAUCCAACUUUUAUUGACCUCCUAGUGUAUGACCUUUGGUUGCAAGGAUUCUCUGAAAAUGAAGCAGCACAGAGGAGAAAAUGCGAUGAGAAAUUCAAGAAUUUUGGGGCAUCUCAUGCCAUCAUCACAAGCGACACUCAGGAUCAGUUUCGACUGUUCUACAUGCUGGAACGUUUUCUUCAAUCUCCUCCAAUGCUUGCCAAGCAAAUGUUAUUGCAAAUAUCUCCAGAUGUUCAAGAUAUAUUAAUUGAAAGGUAUUAUCAGUUUGACAAGGAGGUAGUAAGGGAACUCUUAGGAAAAAAACUCACUGGACGCGUGCGCAAAGACUUGGACGAUGUCAGUGAGAAGACAAAUAUCCCCUUGAAGAGUUGUCGCCGACAGUUUGACAAUGUCAAAAAUGUACUCAGAGCAAUUGAAGAGACUGAAGGAGGAGGCCUUACAGACACUGUAAAGAAAUUGUUUCUUCUUUCAGAUUCAUUGGCAAGACAAUAUGCUUGUAUCUGCUUCAUGGCUAUCAACAAAUUUGAAACAGGAAAGAAAAGGCUCUCCUACCUUUCAUUUGAUGACCUUGUGUUCUGUGCAGAGCAGAUGUUAGAUCACUGGACAGUUGGAUCAGUAGAAGGCUCCACUGCUGAUGUUGGAGAUACAGGUGCAGAGUUUGACAGAGGUUUCCUACAGGAGUUGAGAGACCUGAAGGUGUUUGUGAAUGAUAAAGAGAUUGUGGAUGAGCACAGAAGCUUGGUUUGCAAUGAUAUAGCGAAGCGGUUUACCAAAAAGUUGGCCAAGUCUGUGGAGAACAAUUUCAAGAAUCUCUGUCGAGGUCUCCUAACUAUUGCCGCCGGUCUUAUCCACAGUAAAGAAGUCAAGGAUGUUUUAAGUGACUUUGUAGAAAAGUUCAUUGAAUCGUGCAAGCAGCAAGAGUGGGAUGCGAAUGAGACGGACAUUUUCCUCGGCUCUUUGGUGGAUACCUGCGGCAAAUUGGAUUCUUUACACAGAAGUAACUUGGAACGCUUGAUUCCAGUGUAUUCACGUUACAUGACCGUCUGCCAGAAGUGCAUCGUGAGAAUGUACCACGACUGAACGAAAACUUCGACAUCUCAGAAUGCAGCAGGGCAAAAUACGUCCAGCUCCUUCCUACGGCUCAAGGAAACCUGACAUGCAAGCACUUAAAAAUGGAACUGCGAGGACAGAGUGAAGGAGGAAUGAAUUCUGAAUGAAGAGAGGCACAACUGCUGUGCCUAAUGGGAGACAUGUUUUGAUUGAAUAAUAGUCAACUUCCUGUCACAAAUUCAGCCAUUACAGCCAGGAAGAAAUCUUCGGGAUUUUAACCGAAAAACCCGGCAUCCAUAGCAAUUUAUGGUCAUGAUGAGAUCCGCUCCUGAAUAAGUUGCAGCCAAUUAGAGAAGUGCUUAGAAAGAGGUGUAGUGCCCAGAUGUAGUUCGGGGGCUCAGAUUUUAGUCGUGAUUUCCAACCGCUGACCGGGAAAUAAGCCCAGACUCCUCCCUUAAAAAGAGGGGAUUCUUUUCGAGUGGAUUGAAGAAAAGAAACGGCGAAGAUAGAGCCUAGUGGAUACAGUCAGACUAGACUACGAGAAAGAAGUCCCUCCCUUUUGACGAGGUCUGUCACGCGAGUCCAAAUAAUCAGCGGCAGACUCGCGCGACUGACUUCUCCGAAAAGGGGAGACUGUUGUUAGUCUCAAACCGGACUAAGAGAUCAAGCAAUAAUAAGUGAUCUCUUACCCCGUUUAUUUGUUUAGUUUUGUCCUCAAGUUAGGUUACAAUUUCAAGGACAUGAAGGGAGGACAUGUAUCCUAAUUUUCGAUUUGUCGCUCGCUACCGAAGCCCGCUAUCCCACCUAGUUUAUACUGAGGAGUAAUGAGUUAUAUAUUAAGGAUCACGGCUAACUAAAAAUAAAAUGAU